AUGGAUUGGAACAACCUCAAGGACACCGUCGCGGGCAUGACCCUCUACGACGUCAAGGCCGGUGUCAGGAAGGUUCAAAAUGCUGUUAUGAAUUACACCGAAAUGGAAGCCAAGGUCCGCGAGGCAACCAACAACGAACCAUGGGGCGCAUCAUCCACCACAAUGCAAGAGAUUGCCAAUGGCACUUUCAACUACUCGACGCUGAACGAAAUCAUGCCCAUGAUCUAUCGUCGCUUCACUGAAAAGGCCGCUGAGGAGUGGCGCCAGAUCUACAAAGCUCUUCAGCUUUUGGAGUUUCUCAUCAAGCACGGUUCUGAACGAGUCAUUGACGACGCCCGCGGCCAUAUCACGCUAUUGAAGAUGUUGCGCCAAUUUCACUUCAUCGAUCAGAACGGCAAGGACCAGGGUGUCAACGUCCGCAACCGCGCCAAGGAGCUUACCGAGCUUCUGAGUGACGUGGAACGUAUCAGAUCCGAGCGCAAGAAGGCGCGAGCGACCAAGAACAAAUACACGGGCGUCGAGGGUGGAGCUGGUGGUGGCUUCUCGGGCAGCAGCGGCGGCGGUCGAUAUGGCGGUUUCGGCAGCGAGUCGGGCGGCGCAUCCGCUGCGAACUUUGGCGGAUACUCCGGCGGUGUCUACGGAGACGGCGGUGGUUUCGGCGGCCAAUCGGACGAGUGGAGGGAGGGCGGCUCGGGUGCUGGCGGCUCGAGCAGCCGUGGCGGAGACAGAUUCGAGGCAUACGAUGAGUAUGACGAAGGCGAUCGACCAGCUCCUCGCGCCAAGAGAACCGAGCGUACCGUUGCUGCUGCGCCAAAAGCAGAGCCUCCAAAGAAAAAGAAGGAGCCUGAAGUCGAUCUGUUCUCCUUUGACGAGCCGGUCUCGUCCUCGUCUGCGCCGCCUGCGCCUGCGCCAGCUCAGAGCUCUGGCUUUGGCGGGCUUUCCACCCUAUCCGCCCAAGCUGCUGCCAACAAUGACGACGAUGACGAGUUUGACGACUUUGUAUCGGCUCCCCAGACUGGCAUUCCCUCUGCUGCUCCCGUCACGGCAGCCGCGUCAUCCACUGCCACGUUUGCCGCGCCGAAGCCCCUGCAGCCACAGCAGCAAGCUGAUCUCAGCAAUAUCGUCAACUUGGCAUCUCCGGCCCCAUCGACGGCAUCCGGACCCAACUAUUCGUCAUUCGCUACUCCCGCGAUGGCCUCGCCAGCAACGCAGGCGCCCAAGAUGGGCGGGUACCAACCCGCCGGGCCUAACUACUUUGGCUCGGUCCAGUCAGCCGCUUCCCAGCAGACUGGCAGCGCUGUGUCUAUGGGUUCAAGCAUGGGCGCGAUCAAACCGGCUCAAUCAGCAGCUGCCAAGCCCGCUGCAGCUGGUGGGGAUGCAUUUGGAGCUCUGUGGUCACAAGCUAGCUCUGGCAUCAAGAAAACGAACACCUCCACCGGACAGGGACCGGCCAUGGGACAAUUGGCCAAGGAAAAGAGUAGUGCCGGGAUUUGGGGCGCACAAGCCGGCGGGUCUACGACGGCGGCCAAGCCCACCAGUAGCAGCAACGGACUGGAUGACCUACUGGGCUGA